ACGCGGUGUCACCGUGUUAUGGUUCCCCCCGCCGUGUAGAGACUUCACGUGAAGCACCGUGGUCCGUGUGCCGUUUAUAGAAUUUUAUCCAACCUUUUGUGUGUGUGUGUUUUGAGAAUGCAUCUAACACAAAAGCUGGAGCUUUUCCCCGACCACAGAGUGACCCAGAUGCUCUUCAAAGAAGUCAAAAAUGCUGCAGAGCUGAAAAAAAGCGCCAUGGAAGGGAAAAUAAACGGUGCCUUGAUCAACCCUACGAUGCUGGUGGAUCCUUUUCAAGUGCUGGUAGCUGCCAAUAAAGCCGUUCACUUAGAGAAAAUAGAAAAAAUGAAGACAAGAACUCUUUACUCGGAGAUCAUCUUCAAUCUGUCCCCUACAAAUAAUGUAA